AUGGUGAAAGCAGAUGCGAACUUUUCAACACGCCGCCCUGGACGCCAGGCGAGAGGGAAGGCAUCAGAGAAGGACAAACACGGAUUCAACGGAACGUGGGACGUCCACGUUCGCAGAUGCCCGAUGGCGUUCAGUCAGCCUGCCACCGUGAUCUCCACCUCCCAGCCCGAUACCAUGGUGAGAAACACUAUCUUUUUAGAACGUCUUCUGAUUAAUUUCUUGGACGAGCCUAUUGCGCAAGAACCUUCGCCGAAGGACCGCUUUGUGCGUGGGUGUUGCAGUUAUAUGCAGCCCUUUAGGGCAUGUUUCCUGGCAGGUCUUAGAAUGGAAAACACUCAAGUACAAUCAGCCCAUCCUCACUGUGUGGUUGCACGACAGUGGUCUGUGAAAGAGCUAUGAUCAUUGCCAGUUCACACCGUGAACUCUAGAAGUGCAAAAUUAACAAUAAAUGAAAUUCUACAGGCUUUCAACAUGGCUCUAAUGAAUAGUAUUUAUAGUAUUGAAAAUCUGUAUCUUGGCACAAAAAUUAUUGAAUUUUUCAGGUUCGAGCACCCGGCGUUGGACAGCGAAAGCCAUCUAAACGCACGGAAAUGCGUCCGUUCCCGGCAAUGUGGGCCAAAGGCUUUUCUGGUAUGCAAGUUGCGGUUCCGAUGGAGAAACCGGACAGGGUCAGUUAAUCUCCAACAGUUUUUUAUGCGAAAAAUCCAUUAAGUGAAGUCAAACGAACACACUAUUAUAUUUUAGCGCAAAAAUUUGCUUUCCAUCAUUUUUUUUUUCUUUCCAUUUUUUCUUUCCAUCAUUCUCAAUAAUAUUAACCUUUAAUGUUCCAGAUCGACAUCAACAAGGAUGCGUACUCGUUCCAUUCAAUGCCGGAAAUCCCCAUCAUCAAACCAGGAGUUUCUGCGUUGACUGCCGCUGAGACGGCCGCUACCGUCAUCCAGCAGAUCCACCACGGACAAAUGAACAACGGAACAUUCGGACAGCCUGCCAACAAGGACAAACUGGACGAGAAUUUCAUCGCCAAUGCGUGCCACGAUCAACCAUUUUGCGAGGUUCGUUUCAAACAUUGGAAAAAUCAAAUCAGUAAAGUUCAUACAAAUAUUUCAGCGCGUCCCACUCGCGAUUGUCGAAUCGGAAGUGAAGGCCCAGGAACAGCGAGUUCUCGAUGCCCGCAAACGUCUCCAGGAAGUGAUGAAAUAUUUCGGACAAUGA